AUGGCUCUUGUCAACAUUGUUGGUGUCAGCAAUGUGACCACUGAUGCUAACAGGUCUCGUCUUCAGACCUUUGGUAUUGCUGGCGCUUGGAUUACCAAUGAAAACGAGGACACUUACUCCUGGGUACUUCAGCAGCUUCGUUCUGCUAUCUGGCCAGAACAAGAAAUCCUAAACAAUUGGAGGUCCAGCCUCACAAGCUCUGAAACCGAGUUAAAGCUUGCCGAGACUAACCAACACUGGGGAAGAUUAACUAGGUCCAGCCAAGAAGAUGAGAUGGCGGAAGCCAUCGAAGGCCUCAAAAAUUACCUUCGUGUGCCUGGGGAACUCAAGGAGAACGAAAAACUCUGUAUCAAGCAUUUGGAGAAAAUGCUGAAAGAGAAGGAGAAGUGGGUGGGCUGCUAUUGCAAUCAGUAUGCCCACUUGGAAACUCGAACCUCGAACAGAGUCGAGAGUUUCCACAACUCAAUCAAAAGAGCAAUAGGGCAACAAUCUUCUGGUGGUCUUGCUGUUACCGCCAGAAGAAUCCACCUUCAUCAACAGGAAUCACGCAGCAAAAUGUUGCAAGAACGGAAAAGUCUUCCGUUUUGCUAUGGAAAAGAUAAGAAAAAACGCGACACGUCAAGUCCCUGAACAAGACCUUCUUGAAGAUGACUCUUUUUUAUCUCAACGUUUGUCACGGAGCACUUGUUCUUUUACAUUGAAUUACUACACAUUACAUUUGACUUCAUGUUAUAUUACCCAUUCUACCUUUAGUCAGCAUAGUUUGACAUAAUCGUAUCACUUUUUACAAUGACUCAUAAAUGUAUC